AUGACUCCCCCAAAGCGCGCUCUCUUCUCUCUGAACAUCAGCUCAAACGCCGAUCACAUCUACCAACGUGUCGAAGACCGCAACACAGACGGAAAAGACCGUGUCCAAGUUCGCGAGCACAACGACCCUCUAGUCGGACAGACCAACCUCGAGAUCCUGACACGCCCUUUCGAGAAGGAAGUCAAGAGAUCCGUAGAACGAAUCGUAGACGGACGCGUAGUCACAGACACGAAGAUCGAACGUAGCGGCUCAGGCAAUAAGCACGUUUCCAACAAAGUCGAAGACAAAUACGACACCAGCGAUCUCUAG